CCGAAGGAAGGUCUUUCAGGGAUGUGCCGUUCCUGGGGGGGGAAUCAGUGAUGAGAGGUGAGCACAGGAGUGAACCAUGAAGUGGAAGCAAAGGUUCAGGAGGUGAGCUGUCGUGGAGCAGGGGGACCAGAUGCUGGGAGGGGUCAUGCCCGUGGAGGCGAAGGUUGCCCAUGAUGGUGACAGGAGCCGAAGCCAGAAAAGAUUGUGAGCGAGCCCCAUGGUCACAGAGGGCAGUGUGCCUCUGUGACUCUACACGGCCCCCUGUCCCUGGGGACAGGGGUCCGUGGGGAGGAGGAGAGAGUCACGGAUGGAAGGAUAUGCGGGUGUGGGAGCCAUGCCUCUGGGGGCGCCAGAGUUUCUAGGCUGCCCAACAGCAGCAGAAGCCAGAUGGGAGGCUGGUUGGGAACCUUCCAGCCUCUGGGUAUCGCUACUACAAGAGGAGGCCGCUUUGAAGUCAUGAAAGUCUGUUAGGACAGGAUGUGUGCCGAGCCUGUGGGAGGGAAGGGGAGGAAAUUCCUGGAAGAAGGCAGAUGCCAAGGAGGAGAGGCGGUGCCUUCUGAACAGUCCCUGCUCUGAAGGAAGCCUCAGCUUCGGGAGAACAUGCGGGGCCUGGCGCCCAGGCCCCCCCCCCUCGGAUCUCGCACAGCCUGUGCCUCCAGCUUCCUCCAUCUGGGUGCCAGGGAUGCCCUGUGAGCCUCUGCCACCCUCUCCACCAGCUGCUGGCUUGAGAGGGGCUUGCCCCCUGGAGGGACUGUCCUUCCCAAGCUUGCCUGGACCUUCAGGAACGAUUCACCCAGGACAGCAGAGUGCCCAGUGCCCUCCCAGGCUGCUGAGUGGGGCAGAGGAAGUGGGGGCCUCCUGGUCAGGCAGAUGGCCCCCAAGACUUUGCAGGAACUGGGCUGAGAGGAUGACAGACCCAUGCCAGGAUGAGGCUGAGAGAAAGACAAGAAGGGCAGGUCCUGGAUUCCCAUAGUUCCCACACGACCAAGGGCGCCUUCCUUUCAGAACACCUGUCUCCUACUUACCACGGACUUGCGGAUGCUGACGCGGGGCUUGGGGAUGGGCUUGGAGGGCUUGUUUUCAAAGCUUUCUGGAAGCGUGGAGGAAUGCCCCCCUUUCCUGGCUUGCAGAGCGAGCUGGUAGGCGACCUCGAAUGCCUGUCCCAGCGUCAGGAUGAUCUCGUAGGCUAAAUUCUGCAAGAGAGAUGAGAACAUGUUUAUGAAGGCAUCCUGCAGCAUAGAACGAGGUGCGAGAAAUGCCGUGGGGGCUGAACGGUGAGGACCCUGAACUGCUCCAUUUGAUGUGGCAGCGAGUCAGGGAAAUCUCACCACCAGGACACACAAGGUCCGAUCUGGGGUCUCUGCAGAGCAUGUCACUGGAGCGACACACUGCCGACAGCUACACUCAGGACCCACCCGCGGACCCAGAGCCUCCUCCAUCCCGGGUGGCUGCUUUGCUCCCAGGCUCUGGGAGGGAAGGGAUUAUUCUGGCCCCACAGCCGAGGUCUGGGAGCCCGCAGCCUGAGAGGAUGAUGCCACACACUCCGCAGGAGGUGUUCCUGAGAAGUCUGGGUCUUUUUACCUCUAACAUCUGUGAUUCAGUGAACAUCUCUGAAACACAAUCAGAAUCUAAUUUAGGCAGAGGGGAUGAGUCAUGCUGGCGUGGCGUCUCACAGUCACAGCAGCGAGCAUGCAAACAGAGCCAAUUAUCCAUCUAUUUCUUGAGGCGUUUGCUCUCCCUGUGGCUCCACUCCAUAUUUUAUCAUCAAAUCAGCGAGAGACAGGAGAUUGUCAGGCCCGAAUGCCAUGCCAAGCAGCGCCUGGGAGAAAGGCUCUUUUCCUCGGACCUUCCCUGGCUCCCCUUGAUGAUGUCUAGCUUCCUUUUCUCUUUUCCAGAUUCGUACUUCAUUUCUGCCGUCUCUUCAGAGCAUAGCGCUACCCUGUCUUCAUUCACUGAGAAGACAGACAUGGACCCCAAGGAAGCAAGAUCUCAACCUGACCCCCUCCGCCCAGGGUCAAAGAGUGGAGCAAAUGGAGUGGCUUGGUUUCCACAAUUAUGUGAGAUCUGCUGGAGACUGUUCCUACUUGACCAAGACGAGGGAGAUGCAGGAUGGUCAGCAGAGGCCAGGUGGAAGAGGCUCAUGGGUUGCUGGACUGACGUGGUCUUAGAUCCACGGGCGGGGCGGGGUGGGGGAUGCCUCAGAGUGAGAACUGGUCCGACAGAGGAUGUGUCUUUUCCUUUGAGCUACUUGCUGAGAGGUGAUGGUCUCCCCCAAGACAGCUGUGUACUUUUUGGAGACACCGAACCUUGCAUGGGCAGCUGAGUCCCUCCUGCAGUGAACGUGGGGCCUGUGCUUGCCUCCAAGGAUGAGUCAGACAAGGAAAUCAGUAAGGCCCCGACAAAUGACAGUGGAGGAGGGCUGGCAGCUAGCUCCGGCCGUCGCAGCACCAAGAGGGCUGAGCCCGCACUGCCUGCACUCAGCACUCACGUCUCCAGCAGUGUGGCCCUCUAGUGUGCGAGGGGUCCUCUGGAAAGGCCGCCUGGGGCUUUGGGCUUCGGCUGUCCCCAUGAAGUCUGGGCUUGUGGCUGUCCAUCCAUCAGAGGCAUGAAGCAGAUAUUUGUGCUCUGCGUGGGCAACUGGACUAAGGGAAAGAUGGCAGACACAGUGAUUCUGUAACAUGCAGCUUUUUGCUGCUGGCACAGAGGUGCUUAAUGAGUGUGAAUUCCUUCAUAGUUAACCUAAAAACCAGUUCCUGAGAGAGAGAUUUACUUAAAGCUCCAGUGUCUUCAAAUGAAAGCCAAAGAUGCUCAUUUGAGCAGGUGAGAUUUUUCACAAGACUAUUACGGGAAGCCUAAAGGUUUCUGAAAGGUUCUGGGUUGAAGCUCUGCCCUUUCAUUUUUAAGAAGUUCCUGGUGUUAGGCAACUGCUGAGAUAAGACAGAGACCAGACCAGACUGUGCGGUUCCCUGCCAAGCAGCCUCUCCUGGUUUGGCUUGCAUUCUCCAUGACGUCUUGCUUUUCAUUUUAUUUAGAAUGCUGCAUUUUUCAGAGUUCUUUUAGGAUCUGUAACGAGUUGGACAUUGUUACCUUUCCUACUUUCUCUUACUUCAGUGUUUGAGGUUUUGAUUCUGGAUGCCAGCAAGGGGCCCGCAAGGAGCGGCUGGUUGUGGAUGGGGCUCUGCAUGCAGAGUCCUGUGUUACCCAAGUACUGGGGCCCUUGACGGGAUCAGAUGCUCAUCAGCUAGGACCUGAGGACACACGUUUGAAGGAGACGAAGGUUCUCUUCUCCUGCCUCUCCUUAGUAAUAUCUCUACUUAAAGUGGGAGGAGAGUUAUUCUGAGAAUAGGAGACUCUAUAGGACAGGGCCAAAGAUGAUACUGCAAUCUGAUCAGAGAGGCUUAGGUGACAAGCCCUCGCUUCCUCCUUUGAGCCAGUCUUGCUGAGCCCAGCAAUGCUUCUUCCCAGCACUGAAGGCCCAGGGAUGCUGCUUCAAAAGCCUGAAAGCCCAGUUAGACUCUGCUCACAACUGUGGGGAGGCCAGGGCCAGAGACUAUACCUAGCACUGAGUAAGAUGCUUGUUUGCUGAAUGAACGAAUGAGUAUCUAAAGGGCAAGCUGGAGUAAUAACACUAUUAGUUAUUACUAUAGGUAGUAUGGCUGCCAUUAAGUGAGGACUUUUAGGCUAGUUGUACCAAGUUGUACCAAGCACUAGAUUUAUCUUAUUUAAAUCUUACCACAAGCAUCCGUAGUAAAAUAGCAUUAUCUCCAUUUUAUAGAUGAGGAAAUUGAGGCUCAGAGAGUUUAAGGACCCUGUCUGACAUUGCAGAGCUAUUAAGUUACAGAGCACCGAUAUGAACCAAUAUGUGUAACUCAAAAGUCUAUGUUCUUAAAAACUCUAAUCUGAAAAGAUACAUGCACCUCAGUGUCCACAAAAGUACUACUUACAAUAGCUAAGACAUGGAAGCAACCUAAAUGUCCACUGACAGAGGAUAAAGGAGUUGUAUAUAAGUGUGUCUACACCCCCCAAUGGAAUAGUACUCAGCCAUAAAAAGGAAUGAAAUGAUGCCAUUUGCAGCAACAUGGCUGGACCUAGAGAUUAUCAUGCUAAGUGAAGUAAGUCAGAGGAAGACAAAUUCCAGAGGAAGAUUUACAUGAUAACAAUCUAAAAAAAUGAUACAAAAGACUUACUUACAAAACGGAAAUAGACUCAGAGACAUAGAAAACAA